AGACAUGUUACAACCUAAUUCUGACUGUUUUGUUCGCAGCAACCAUGAAAUUACUGCUGAUCGUCGCUUCCGUCAUCGCUGUGGCCGUCGCUGGCCCGACCCGCGUCCUCGUCACCCCCGGUGGUGGCUCCGCGCCCAUCGUGGAAGCUGAAUCCCCCAUCAUCGCUGGACCCGCUCUGAUUGAGAGCCCCAUCUCUGUUGGACCCGCCCUGGUUGAGACCCCCAUUGUUGAGAGCCCCGUCGUUGUGGACACUCCUAUCAUUGAAAGCCCCAUCUUCGUCGAGCACCCCAUCGUUGUUGAGAGCCCCGUCGUCGUCGACACCCCCAUCGUCGGUGAAAGCCCCGUCUUCGCCGAGCUCCCCAUCGUUGUUGAGAGCCCCGUCGUCGUCGACACCCCCAUCGUCGGUGAAAGCCCCGUCUUCGCCGAGCUCCCCAUCGUUGUUGAGAGCCCCGUCAUCGUCGACACCCCCAUCGUCGGUGAAAGCCCCGUCUUCGCCGAGCUCCCCAUCGUUGUUGAGAGCCCCGUCGUUGUGGACACCCCCAUCGUCGGUGAAAGCCCCGUCUUCGCCGAGCUCCCCAUUGUUGUCGACGCCCCCAUCGUUGACGCCAGCCCCGCUGCUGUUGCUCCCGUCGAGGCUGAGUCCGUCUCCUCUGCCGCCGCUCCCCUGGUUCAGAUUAUCCUGAACAUCAACCAGGCUGCCGCCCCCGAGGCUAUCGCUGUCGUCGUGGCUGAGGCCCCCGCUGUCGUGCCGUCUCCCGUCAUCGUCGAGGAGUCUCCCGUCGUGGCCGAGCUCCCCAUCGUGGUUGACACCCCCGUCGUGGCUCCCAUGCCCGUCCAGGUCGUUGACACCCCCGUUGAGGCCCCCAUCGUGGUCGACACCCCCGUUGAGGCCCCCAUCGUGGUCGACACCCCCGCCGUGGUCGAGGCCGAGCCCAUCGAGCUCCCCACCCCCGUGCUGCCCGCUCCCGUCGAGGUUGCCCCCGUGGUCGUCCUCCCCGACAUCCUUAACUAAGCACAGCAGAGUUGUUGUUUUGGUAAAGAAGUGUUAGAUCCUUUUACCUUGCCGCAGUGGCUAUAAACUGUGCCGAGUGAUACUAAUGUAAAUAAACACUUUAUUUUGUA